GAGAGGAAUACCAUACAACAGCCUGAAAGUGCAUUUGAUUAUCAUGAAAUAUCCGAGAGAUGAAGUCGCCGGCCUGUAAAGAGGAGGUCACAAAAAAUGGCUUCAAACCAUACUCAGCCAGUACGAGUCAAGGUCCACGCCAGGCACUACGGUCGCUAUCACACACUUCGAGGUCAAUCCAGGGAUAAAACCUGGAGAAAAUUUCAACUCAGACUUGGUGAAGAUCGUGGUCGAUGCAAGAGUAAAUAACGGUAAUGGGACUGAUGCCAUGACGAAAACUUACAAUCUGGUCGCCAAAUUCAUGUUAGGAAAUGGUUUUCAUCGUGAACUAGUGAAGGCCACACGCGGACCGCUUAAGGAAGUCAUAACCUACACUGACGUUAUACCUGUCUUGAAUCGAUUUCUAGCUGAAAUAGGAGAUGCCAGUAACAGAGUAGAUAUCCCAAGUUGCAUUUAUGGUGUUUGCAAGGAGGGUGAAUUUGCGUUGGUGAUGCAGGAUAUAAGACCACUGGGAUAUGUGAACAACGAUAAGCACAAAGGACUCAACCAUAAUCAGAUGCUCAUAGCUGUUGAUAGGCUUGCAAUGCUCCAUGCUGUUUCUUUCUCCUACAACAAGCGUCAUGAUUUUAAAACAAAGUUUCCAGCGUUUAAAUAUGGAAUUCCCAGACAGAUGGGGAUAUUUAUCACUGUCUUUUUUGACUUGUGUGUAAAGAUUUUGAAGAAAAUGAAUUAUAAUGACAGUUUACAGGAAAAAAUGCAUAGAAACAGGCCCAUAUUAAGACAUAAGAUUAUGUCCCUGCUAUCAGCAGAAAAUAAUCCAAUCGGAUGCCUUUGCCAUGUGGACUACUGGAAUAACAACUUCAUGUUUAAAUCAGAAACGCAUGAUGGGAUAACCGACCCUGACUCCAUCAUGCUCUUAGACUGGGGUAGCACUGCAUGGCAUAAUCCCGUGCUAGACAUUCUGUACUUGAUAUACACAUCCACGACGUUAGAUUACAGGAAAAAAUACCGAGAGGAGAUUCUGAAACGCUACCAUGCCGAGUUCACCGCCAUUACCAACAGACUUGGGGCACCCGCUCCGUUUUGGGUUUUCGAGGCCUUCAUGGAAGAUUGCCAAAAGGCGCGCAUUUACGGGGCAGCAAUGGGCAUGAUAGUGAAUUUGAUCACUUUAGCAAAACAUAGUGAGAAAGAGCAAAGGUAUGAAAGCCGUGUAAGUUCAUCGGCCUUAUCUUGGAGGAUAAGCUGCCGCCUUGGGAAGAUAAUGAGCCCGAUUUUCUUUUCAAAAGUCACGGAACCUUUAAUUUGUGCCUCUGUUAAGAAAUGGAUGGGACCCCUCUUUGAUGAACUCGGCAGAGGUGAAAACGAAAUUCUGAACAGACGAUUCUUUGAUAUACUUAAUGAAGCUAAUGAAGACGGCGUUUUUGAUGCCUAAGACGGGACAAUAAACGUGAUCCUUGAAAUGACUUUGAUAAGAAAGACGUAUGUGUUUCAGAUUUGUUCUGCUAUGACGCUUUGUAUUAAUCAGUGAGAAGAUUUUGGUACUAGCUUUUAGUUUUCAUUCCGUUUUGCUUUUUGCCAAUAAGGAUUAACCUUACCUGCAUCAUGUAUUAUCUAAUAAAAAGCGUCAUAAUUGAAUCUGUAUAACUGCUUUUUUUUUUUACUGAAUAACACCAGAGCCCCAUUCACCAACCUAAGCUAAAAACUAUUUUCAGCAUGUAGUGUCACACUAGUUGCGGGCAGCAAACCUAGAAGUCAGUACAAGUUAGUGAGCUAGGAUGGAUAUUCCAAUACCCUUUCGCUGUGGGUUAUAUUAUACAUAAAUAUACUUAUAUAUGUGUGUCUGUAA